AUGACGGACGCAGCCGUAGAAGCCGCCCUGGCAACUUCCAACGAAGUCCCCGCGGCUCCUACUUUCGAAGGGGAGAACAAAUUCCAGCAUGCUAUUUCAGCAUGGAGGACCAUCGACCUCACCACCCUCGUCUCCAACCUAGACAACACGGCAUCCGACAUUGUAGCCUAUCAGCGAGACUCGACGGUACAACGCAAAGAACUAGCGCAAAAGACCAAGGAGUUUCGCAAGCUCGACGAUGCCACCAAGCUUACGGAGAUCAAGGGCCUGCUAAAGUCCUACCAAACCUUCAUUGACCUUCUUACGAACCACUCCAAGUCGGUCAACUCGGCAUUCUUGCAGACAUAUACCUCGUUCUCUGACGCUCCCGAUCCAUAUCCACUCCUCGAGGCUUCGGUCGACUCGAUGCUCCUCUCUGAGGACACCUUGCCAAAAAUUACCGAGGAGAACCAGCGUUUGCAGGAAAGUGUCACAAAUCUCACUUCCCAGUUAGAGGAGACCGAAUCAAGACUACAGACCGAACGAUCUGCCCGAAAGGAACUGGAGGAGAACCUCGACAGCCGAGUGAAGGAGGUAGAGUCAUCAUGGACCGCCGUGCUAGAGGAAAAGACGGACAACUGGGAGGCCAAGGAGAAGGCUUUGGAAGAUAAGCUGGAGAAGCAGGAACGAUUGUUGACUGAGAUGCGGGCAAGCUACGAGGUCAACCAGCGAUUGGGCAAGAAUGGCGAUGACCAGGAGGCUCAGCGUAGCCAGGUCUCAAGCGCCGAGCUUGAUAUGCUUCAUGCCGACCUUGAUCGCACGAGCUCUCGUCUUGCCGAAGUUGAGGCCCGAAAUGAGCAGAUGAGACUGGAGCUGGCGCAAGCCAAGUCUUCAGUUCAAUCACAGCCCGAGGCCUCUCUCGAGGAUGACCCCAGCUAUAUGCGCAUGAGGUCGGAGAACCAGUCCAUGAUUCGCAAGCUGGAAGCUGCACGCGUGGAGAAGGAAGGUCUCAAGCGAGACUUGGAUGGUAAACUACGAUCCAUUGAGAGGGAAGUGAACAAGUUGAAGGGCGAGAGGGACUCUCUCAAGGCCAAGGUCCAGAAGUGGGGCGACUAUGAUGAAAUCAAGCAGGAGCUUGAAGUCCUCAAGAGCAUCGAGUUCUCCACGGGCGACGACGAUGAAGUACGAGAGCAACUUGAGUCAGGGGAUGCGGAGGGCAACUCGCUAGAGAGGCUUCUCUUGGCUCGAAACAAGAAGCUUGGCGAUGAGUUGACGGUUCUUCGUGUUUCACACAAUGACCUACAGAGUCGCCUGGAGAACCUCCAGGAGGAGUUGUCCAGGACAAAUGCUGAGCUAGAACGGUCUCAGAACCUCAACCAAAAGUUGGAGAGUGAUCUGGAGAAUCUCCAGGAGGAGGGCGCCAAUGCUUUCCCGUCAGGAGCCUCUGUGGCUGGCACAUAUGUCACCCGAACAAUUGGCCGCAAGAGCGGCAGAAUUUCGCCGACCUCGUCCAUUAUCAGCGGCAUGGACCCCCGCAUGGGUGGUGAGCCAGGCGAGCGAGUAUACGGAGGUGGCUCAGGCAUGCUGCCCAUGGUCACGGCCCAGCGUGACCGCUACAAGAAGAAGAAUACGGAGCUGGAACAAGAGCUUUCAGACACGCACCGGACAGUCUCGCAGCUGCGCCAGGAAGUUGCAGCUUUGCAAAAGGACAACCUGAAUCUGUACGAGAAGACGAGAUAUGUGUCGACCUACAACCGAGGUGGCGGCGCAGCUACGUCCUCCGCAUACGGGGCAAACCCGAACCCCUCAACAGUGUCGAUUGGCGAGACAGGAAACCCUGGCAUCGCCCUGGACAGGUAUCGCAAGGCAUACGAGUCCAACAUUUCUCCAUUCGCGGCAUUCCGCGGCAGAGAAUCUGCUCGAGCGUACAGACGGAUGAGCCUUCCGGAGCGGGUGGUGUACUCGCUGACGCGUAUGGUUCUCGCCUCGCGAACCAGCCGAAACCUGUUCGCAGCAUACUGCGUAAUGCUCCACCUGCUGGUCUUCCUAUCCAUGUACUGGCUCAGUUCGUCAGAUGUCGACCGAGCCGCUCACCUGGAGUCUGCAGCGGCGGCGGCAGCAGCAGGUGUGGCCGGUGGUGGACUUGGCAGCCCAAUGGAUGGAGCUCCCAAGGAUCCUGCCAAGUAG